GGAACAAGCGAUAAUAGCACGAACAACAAGCAAGGUUACUUAAGUCAUGGCUCUACGUUUACAAGCCAUACCGAUUUUGUAAUAGCGGUCCAGGAAUAUGCUAUACGAGAAGGUUUUACGAUGAGACUCCAUAAAUUAAAAAGGAACAAAGCUGGUGCCGUACGAUGGAGAGAAAUAGUUUGUUCGCGGAAUGGAACUUCAAGUAAAAAAAAGGAAAGUGGUAAUAAACCAACGCGUAAUCGUCGAUCUCAACGAUGUAAAUGCCCAUUUUUAGUUCGUGCCGCUGUGAAUGGUACAUCAGGAUUAUGGGAGAUUAUUUCAACAAAGUUAGAACACAAUCAUGAUAUCGGAAACACAGCAAGUUUGGACAAUUUUUCUUUCAUGGAUUUGUCGUCUGUGAAUAAUAAAACGCAAUUUAAAUCGCAACAAUCUAGUGCAUUACCAAAAAUACCUACUGUGGAAUGGAAACCAUUACUUCCAGAAUCAUGUCUAAAAGAAAAACAUUUUUCAGAGACGUUAUCUCGGGAAGAAAUGUUUGUAAAAGAGCGAAGGAGGUUAGCUUUACAGGGAAUCGCUAGCUAUCAAUUUGACUCUCGAAGUGGUCAGAUAUUAUUCAAUUACGGGAGUGGGAUUUACUUGGGACAUGUUAGCAAGAACGCUGAAUUUUAUCCACGUCCAAUAAUACCUUAUUCACAAAACUCUGUAACAUGUUCUGGAAGCUUGAUGAAUUUUUCACUCGCCCAGUCUCCACAAAAUAAUCGCAUAUCACCACUUUCUUCUCCUUCAACUAACAGCUCCUCUCCUUCAUCACCUUGCCCUUCAUUAAACAACACACUACCACCACGACUAGAUCCAAAGUUGGGUGGUCGUAAUUGCGACCUUGUCGCUUUUAUCCGUGAUAGAGAUAUUUGGGUUACAACUUUAAAUGGAUUGGAAACCCAACUGACUUUUUGCAAUGAGCAUGAUCCUGAUGGAUCUUCGGCCUUAAGUUGCGGUGUCGCUGAAUUUGUAAUGCAGGAAGAAUUUCACCGUUUUACAGGCUAUUAUUGGGCACCCUCUUCAGUAUCAACAUCAAUAGAGGAACAUGUCGAACGAAUAUUAUAUUUACAGAUUUCAGAAUCUAUGGUAGAUUUGGUUUUAAUACCCCGACCAGGUCAACAAGGAGAAGCAGAAGAGUAUCGCUAUCCAAAAGCCGGUACGCCGAAUGCCGCUAGUGAUUUACAGAUCGUCGAGUUUAUUCCACGUUACAACGAAGAUGAGGAAGUAACAACCAGUCCUGUUCACAAAAGGCUUUGGGGUCCUGCAGCAUUGGACAAACUCUUUCCGUGGAAAGAAUACAUUGUUCGGUUUGGCUGGUGUCCAAAUGGUAAAAGGUAA